AUGGAUCAAACAAACUCGUCAUCUCCAACAAUUUCAGGUUGUGGAUCUGAAAUUAAUGGAAUUCUUCCAGAGAUGUUUAAGGUUUUAUUAGAACAACAACAAUUUAAUCUUCAACAAAAUCAGGUUGGACAUAAAAUAUCAAAUCAUCAUUUGGAUUCUGAAACAAAUCCAUUAAUGCAAUCAGUAAUUCAGUACAAUGCUCAUAUGAAUUUAUUAAAUGAAUUUAAAAAUAACAAUCAAGUGAAGCAAGAAUUUGAUGCUUCUGAUAUUAAUAAUACUAUAUUAGGAUGGCAAUUAAAUAAACAUAAUAACCAUCAUAAUGAUAGUAUAUAUCAACAAUUGUUAAAUAAACUUAAUUUAAAUAAUAUAUCUUCAAAACAAGAUAUUGGUGUUUUGAAUAAUGCACUUAUUUCUGGUAUGCAAAAUCGUGGCGCAACUGAUAAUGAAAAUGUUACUUUAAAUUCUAUAUUAAAUAAUAUUGAGCAAAAUUCAUUUAAUGCUGCUCAAAUAUUAGAUCAAUUAGCUUUACUUGGAGUUACAACACCAACAUCAGUAAAAGGAUCUUCAUUUAGUGAUAAACAAUUGAAAUCUUCAAUAUCACCAUUUUCUGUGUCUUCCCAAACUUCUAAUAAUAAUUCUUUAUAUGAUAUUAAUGGACAAUUUCAAAUAAGACGAGAUCAUCAAAGAUCAAAUACUGUAUCAUCAAAGUCAAAGGAUACAUAUUGUGAAUAUUGUCAAAAAUAUUUCUGCAAUAGAUAUUUUUUAAAGAUUCAUAAACUUAGAAGACACAAAAUUAAUGAUGAUGAUACACCAAUAAAAAAAUAUUCUAUUGAUUAUAAUGGUUGUAAAAAAGAUUCAUCAUCAGAAAUUAGUAUUCAAGAAGUAUUGGUAAAAGAACUCCGUGCAAUGGCUCAAGAGAAAGCUAAUAAAUUUUCAAUUGAUGGUGAGAUAACACAAACAUGUGAUAUAUGUAAUAAAACAUUUGAUGAUACAUUAGGAUUAAUGACACAUAAAGUGAAAGAACAUUCAUUUGAUCCAAAUCAAAAUUUGACAAUUAAUACACCAAGAAAUAUAGAAAACUUAGGUUUAUCAAGAUCACCAGUAUUAAUUAAUCAAAUUAAUAAUAAUAAUAAUAAUAAUAAUAACAACAAUAUAUUAUCAAAUAAUGAUAUUAAAAAGGAAAAUAUUCAAUCAAAUAAUAAUGAUGAUUCUGCUAAAAUAAUGGAAAUUAUUCAAAAUAAUAAUAUGCGCCUCCAAUUUAAUUUACCAUUAUCAAGUACCAUGACAUCACCAUUAUCUUCACUUGCCACAUUACAAAAUAAUCAACAAAUGAAAAAUGUUAAUCAACAAAACCCAUUAUCUAAUUUAACUGGUUCACAAACAUUUGACUGUACCACAAUGACACGUAAACAAUCAUCUCAAGCCGAUUCAACAGCUGAGGCAUUUUGUAAUUUAUGUAAUAAAAAAAUGCACAAAAUAGUUAUAGAUGAUAGUAAAUCAACAAUAGCUAAUGUUGAUGUUGGAACAGAAGAUAAUAAUAUUGGAUUAAAAUUUAGAUGUGAUAUAUGUAUGGAAAAUGUUGUAUCAAGAUGUGAAUUAAUUAAACAUAAAAGUCUUGUUCAUAGUAUAAUUAUAAAUGAUUCACGUAGUAAAGGAGGAUUAACUAAAAAUUCACCAACAGCAUAUGGUUGUAAUAGUUUAUCAUCAUGUGAUGAAGGAUAUAAUAAUAUAUCAUUUGGAAAUAAUAUAAUAUCUUCAGAUGAUAUUGAAAUGAAAAUUAAUCAAGAAGUUGAUGAUACAUUAAAAAAAAUUAAAAUGGAUGUUAAUGAUAAAGGUAAUAUAAAUCAUACAAAUGAAGAUAUAUCAUUAUUACAAAUUAAAUUAUAUCCUAAUGAUAAUAUUAUUGACAUGGAAGAAAAAAUAGAUAAAUGUAAUGAGAUUACAAAAUUAAAUACUUCUAAUCCUAAUACAAUAACUACUAUUUCUACAACAACAACAACAACAAAUACUACUACUACUACUACACCAUCAACAACAAAAACAGUAUCUAAAUCAACAAAAGAAUUAAAAAAGAAAAAUAAAAAACAAAAGAAGGGAAAUCCAUUUAAUUUACCAAAAUCAUAUAGACUUUUUACAUGUGUGUUUUGUGAUAAAGUUUUUAUUUCAAAAUUAAUAUGUAAAAUUCAUAUGAAAAAAUAUCAUGAAGAAAAUGUUAAAGAAGAAGCAUUUAAUUUAUCACCAAAUUACUCAACAACAAAUAAAGAGAAUGAAAAUAAUAUUGAUUCAUAUGAUUCUGCAGUAUCUAAAAGUGUUACACCUCUUCAUUCACUUGAUCUUGUUUUAUUUGAUGGAAUUUCUUCAAUUGAAGAACAUACUGAAGGACAUAGAAUUAAUAAUAAAGAAGAAGGAAACAAUAGUAAUACUAGUGGUUCCGCUAGCCCAAAUUCUAUUCAUCAUGAUGAGAUGUUUGGUAAAGUUGUCUUGGAUAAACCAAAUGCAUUCUUAUUACAAAAUUUUAUUGUUCAAUAUGAAAAGACACCAAAUAUAGAAGAUCGAUAUAAUGAUAUCCUUCCUGAUGAUUUAAAAUUACAGUUACCAGUUAAAUUUAUCUCAGAUAGUCCAUUUGAAUUAAACUUAAAAUUUUGUCCCAUUCCACAAACUACUAAUGAAUAA